AUGUCCUCCUCUACUCGUGUACGGAGGACCAGGACCAGGUCGCCUGGUUUUGUGUCCUUGAAGACUGUGUUUGACGAGCAAUUGAACCAGGUCGAUGACGAAAUCGCGGUCAUGUUUGCCUCUCUGAAAAGCGGUUCUGACUCCGCCGAUGCUUGCGCGACUAAACGCAACAGUCUGCUGCGAGCGCUUACACAGUGCGAUCGGGAUGAGGAAGAAGAACAUGCGAGGACUGCAGGGAAAGGCGACAGCAGCAGCAGCGGAGGUAAAGACAACAACCAAGGCGAUGCAAGUAUGCUACUAGAUGAAGCUCAAGAUCGAGUCGGUCGGAUGCAGCAAGGGCAAGGACAUCUUCCAGCACGACACGAGCAGAAUCACAGAGGAGAUGAAUCGAACAGGUCCAGAAAAACGACCCAUAGUAGAAGCAGUGACGAGGGAUCAUCCCCAUCCGUAGUGAAUGUGAAGAAUGGUUCUUCCUCUGCAACUAGCACAGCACAAAUAGCAGGAAAAAGGCUAGGAGAACAAGGACAACACCUUGUCCAACACGGUCUAGAACAACAAACUCCAUCACGUUGUAACACGACAGCGACAGCCAGUACAUCCUGUAGCAGCUCUGCGACCGCGACAGGAGCCUCCUCGUCCUCCUGCAGUACUAGACGUGAUCAAAUAACACCAGCUAUACGUCCGUCACCAGCGAUCACCCCUGUACCGGAAGAGGACAGACCGGGUACUAAUCAUGCUGCUGAUCAUGUUCAUGUCGGUGGAGAUGACGUGGGGUCCCUCGGGAAGAGUACCAAAACCACUACCGCCCCUUCCCCCACGACAUCCUCAACGGCUUCCUCGACCUCAACAUCCUGCUCGCCUAUGGAAACAUCGCAAGGACCGCAUAGUGCCUGUAUUAACCUUGACGACAGUUGUACCAACACCUCUCAUGAUGAGGACCUAUCCUCAUCGAUGAACUCUCGUACUGGUACUAUCAAUAGUGCGAGUGCCUCUCCUUAUGCUACUGGCUUUGGACAGGGAGAUUACUUGAUGAAGUCAUCUUCACCGUCAGGAGAAGAAAGUUCAGAAAGUACUAGAGCGUGCCACGGAAGUCCAGCCAGCAGCAACGGAGAUGGUCAGAUCUUUACGAUGACAAUCGUUGAACAUGAGGAACAAGAUCUCCGCUCACAAUCACAAGCAAUACAACAAGUUGAAGCUGCUCGUACACGUAGAAUAGCAGAUCAGCUUCAACAAGAACCAGCUUAUCACCGUGACGCUGCGGGAAAGGCACCUGCUUUCGACCCUGCCACACGAACGACCAAAAGUGCAACACCUACAAUGCAAGUGGAGCAGCGAGUACCUCCAGCACGCGGCGCAACGACCUUUCGAUCGAGGACAGCAACAGAUCAUGGCGCCGUGGUCUCCAAUCAUGACCCAAGAAGAAAUAGCACUAUCAUGUUAGAAAAUGCUGUGGAACCAGCUCUCGUGGAGAACCGGUUGCAUGGUUUGGGGCGAACGUUGCGGCGUAUGCAUUCGGCGUUUAUGCAUGAUGAUUGCGAUGCGUUUGUCAUUCCCCGACUCAAAGAGAUGUCAGCCUGCGAGCGACAGUUGCAACGUGCUGAGCGGCGAUUUCAUCAAGCAUUGGGUUCUUCCACUGGGGCUGCUAGGCAACCGAUAUUUGUUGCCUAGGGUGCUUCCGUAUUCUUGGUUGCACUUAAGUAACGUCUAGUAGAGUUAGAGAGUCUAAAUUUACUUGAUCAUCCACAAACUAAAUCAUUCUUGUAGUUAUAGACGAAAAUAGUACCGUGAAGAUGAACACGAACAAGACGGAGUAGAUAGAACAUGUUGUUGAGAACAAUUCAUUUUGACGUGUAGUAUACAACGUAUGGUAAAAAUGUGUACAAUAGAAAUGAAACCAACCCGAAACCGAAUAGUUACGCAUAAUACGCGUAGCAAGAGAUACGAGUAGCCUCCCUCAUUAGUCAGACCCGCAAACGUAUCGUUUCUUUCCUCAUAAGUUCCUAGUAUUUGUAGAAAAACGGUAACGGAUAUGAUUCGUGGAUACUUCUGACUUUCCCCGCACCUUUUCAGUGAUUGUGAUACAUUACCCGCCAUAAAUCU